UGCAAUUCCGCUGCCUACGCUACGUACCGGGAGUAUUCUCCGUGUCUCUCUCCCUCUUUUGGAUGAAUUUUCAGGUUUCCGAAUUAAGCAAGAAAAAUGGCGACGCUCUUCUGCUAAGUUCUCAACACCUUCCCGACGAGGUUUUCUCGACUUACUGUUGAAACUCCAAUAGCACUGCGCCUCAAGUGGGCUGACUAGAGCUUGAAUUUAUAGUAAUUAUUUUUCCCCCGACCUCAAGGGUAAAAGGGCUUAGACACUUUCUACUUAAUCUUUCAAGUGGAAUAAUGUUAUUAUCCACAUUCUCUUCUCUAAAUUUUGACAUGUGGAAUUUGUGAGGGUUUCGGGAUUUCUUUCUCAUGGGUAUGGCUUUGCUAUCUUAUUGAGCGUGUUGAGAAUAUUUAUUUUGGUGAGGUCUGGCUGGCUACCUAGAUUCUAGCCACCAAGGGGUGGUGGCUUCAAUGGCAUCUUCUCGUCUGGCUGGAGGAUUAGCACAGUCUUCAUCAAGUUCCGGGAUUUUCUACCAAGGAGAAGGGCAGUCACCAGCUAUUGUUAGUUCUCACUUGAGCCAAUCAUUUGCAAAUUCAUCAAAUUCAAUUCCAGGAACUGGAUGUUCUGAUUUUGGUCCAGUUUCCGGAGACAUGAAUAAUGCAGUCUUAAAUAGUGUUGCAAAUUCAGGACCAAGUGUUGGUGCAAGUUCACUAGUUACGGAUGCGAACUCUGCCCUUUCAGGGGGGCCACAUUUGCAAAGGAGUGCAAGCAUCAAUACAGAGUCAUACAUGCGCUUGCCUGCAUCGCCUAUGUCAUUCAAUUCAAAUAACAUUAGUGUGUCAGGGUCCUCAGUUAUGGAUGGAUCCUGCGUAGUGCAGCAAAAUCCUCAACAGGACCAAAAUAUCCAACACGUGCAGCAACAGGCACAGCAUGCCACAUCAUUACCAACAUCGCAAAUGGGCCAAGUAUCACUUCCCAUGGGUGCAAAACUCCAGGGAUCUUUCAUUCCAGAUCCAAAUAAUUUUUCUCAGGUGCAGAAGAAACCACGAUUGGAUAUAAAGCAGGAAGAUGUGCUGCAACAGCAAGUUUUGCAGCAGCUAUUUCAGAGACAGGAUUCCAUGCAGUCACAAAACCGUAACACACAGUUACAAGCUUUAUUUCAACAUCAACAAAGAAUGCGGCAGCAGCAAAUUUUGUCUCUGCCCCCAUUCCAGAGAGCUCAGUUGCAGCAGCAGCAUCAGCAGCAGCAAAUACAGUUGAGGCAGCAAUUGCAACAACAGCAGGCAAUGCAGCAAGUAUCACCCAUGAAGCGCCCAUAUGACGGUGGUGGUGUUUGUGCUCGUCGGCUCAUGCAAUAUCUAUAUCAUCAGCGGCAAAGACCUCAGGAGAAUAGUAUUGCUUACUGGAGAAAGUUUGUAGCAGAGUAUUACUCUCCUCGUGCAAAGAAAAGAUGGUGCUUGUCAUUGUAUGAGAAUGUUGGCCACCAUGCUCUUGGUGUGUUUCCCCAGGCAGCCAUGGAUGCAUGGCAGUGCGACAUCUGCGGUUCCAAAUCAGGAAGGGGCUUUGAGGCCACGUUUGAAGUACUCCCAAGACUCAGUGAGAUCAAAUUUGGAAGUGGAGUUAUUGAUGAGCUUUUAUUUCUAGAGCUUCCUUAUGAAAAGAGAUUUCCUUCUGGAAUUAUGAUGUUAGAAUAUGGAAAAGCAAUUCAAGAGAGCGUGUAUGAGCAACUUCGUGUUGUUCGUGAGGGUCAGCUUCGCAUCAUAUUCACACAAGACUUAAAGAUCUUGUCUUGGGAAUUCUGUGCAAGGCGCCAUGAAGAACUUCUUCCACGUAGGUUGGUUGCACCUCAGGUAAAUCAGCUGGUACAGGUUGCCCAGAAAUGCCAAAGCACAAUUGCUGAAAGUGGGCCUGAUGGUGUUUCUCAGAAAGAUUUGCAGACAAAUAGCAAUAUGGUACUGACGGCUGGCCGUCAGCUUGCUAAGAGUCUGGAGUUGCAGUUGCUGAAUGAUUUGGGUUUCUCUAAAAGAUACGUGAGGUGUUUGCAGAUAUCAGAGGUUGUCAACAGUAUGAAAGAUCUGAUUGGUUUCUGCCGCGAUCAAAAAGUUGGGCCUAUUGAGGGCUUGAAAAAUUACCCCCGACAUGCGACUGCAGCCAAGCUCCAGAUGCAAAAAAUGCAGGAGAUGGAGCAGCUAGCCAGUAUUCAAGGUCUUCCCACAGAUCGCAACACAAUUAAUAAGUUGAUGGCAAUGCAUCCUGAACUUGAUAACCAUGGGAUGAACAACCAUCAAAUGAUCGGUCGUGGAGGUUUGAGUGGGUCGGCACAAGCUGCUUUGGCACUGUCUACAUACCAGAAUAUUCUCAUGAGACAGAACUCUAUGAACUCGAACCCCAGCCCACAUCAACAGGAGGCCUCAUCUUCCUAUAAUAACUCCAGCUAUAAUCCAUCCCCUACACUACAGGGGACUGCAUCUUUGAUGCCUGGAUCCAUGCAGAACUCUUCUGUCGGUGGCUUUUCAAGCGUCCAGCAACCCUUGCAAAAGCAAUCACAGCAGCUGCAACAGCAUCCACCAACUGCUGGCUCCUUGGUCCAACAAAAUCAUCCUCAGACGGUCCAAGGCAACCAGGCCUUAGAACAACAGAUGAUCCAGCAACUACUGCAGAUGUCAAGUAACAGUAAGAGUGGUGGUGCACAACAGCAACCCCUGGCUGGACCAAAUGCAAAUAGAAGUUUGGCAAGAAGGGGAAUGGGUUUUGUUGGAAAUACCUCGGUUGCAGCUGUGACAUCUGCAAAUCUGUCUGGGAGCAGUGUCCCUGGCCCAAGUAGAAGCAAUAGUUUCAAAGCUGCUUCAAACAGCGAGUCCUCCGCUGGUAACAGUGGAUUCAAUCAAAAGGGAUCUGAUUUGCCGCAUGAUCUUCAUCUGCCAGAGGGUCUGGUUGAAGAUAUAGGCCAAGAUUUCACAGAAAACGGGUUUAUUAACAAUGACCUGGAUGGUUUGGGUUAUGUCUGGAAGGCUUGACUAACGUAAUUUGGCCAUCCCUUGCCGGAAUUGUGGUGGAGAAAUGUGUACAGGAUGAUAAAUCUGAAGUAGUUGGGUCUUUUUUUUCCCUCUCUAUUUUCCCCUCGUAAUCUGGCUUUGUUGUGGAUCAUACGAUUGAACCUUUGAUUUGAAUGCCUUGAGGAAUACUCCCCACUGUUGGCACUGCUGGUUGUGGAGAUGCUCUCUGUGUGUUAACUCCUUGCCUGAUUUAGCUCUUUCUUUGGGGUUUUCGUUCCAUGAUCCCAAGUUCAAUCAACUAACAUGGAAACCCCAAAAACAGCCUCAGGAACUACCUCAGUUUCUUCUUAUCUAUUUUUUUUUAUCUUAGAUCCAUAAGUUUAGCGUGGAUUAUGCAUUUUCGUUCGGUAGUUCAAAAGGACAACUGCCUGGCGGAUCUUUGUUAUCUUUUUCCUUCUUAUCAAUUAUUAUAUUAUGAAAA